UGCGGCCGUCCAUCCAGCUGGGAUCAGGGCCUGUCUAGCACAGUGAGCUCCAGAACCAAGGAUACUUCAAACAAGGGGUCAUGUAAGUCUAUUUGCAGUGCAGCAAGGGAGCCACAUUGACCUUAUAGGCUUACAGAGAGAGAGAGCAAUCCCAUCAUUACACUCAGUUCAGUAUUCCCAUUCUGAUUUUAUUCCGAAGCACUGAGGGUAAUUCUUCUGUGGGUGUAGUUUGGCCAAAUGAGUAUAGUUAUCAAUUGUGAUUAGUGUGCACUCUCAUACACAUUUUAUUUUAGAGCAAAUGCUCUUAUAUCAACAUCUCAAAAAAACAAAAACAACAUUGUGCAUGCAAUACAGACAUUACACUGUAAUAAAAGCAAGAGAUUGAUCUUCUAGCCUACUUACCUCUCCGCCCCCUACAGCUAUAAGAAGGGCGGGGUGGCGUCAGGAAUGAGACACACAGAGACCAACAGUUAUGACAUCCAGAGACUGCUGCAUGUGAAAGGGAAGAAAAGGAUAAGCGCCAUGGAGGUAAGAAACACAUAUAAGGGAAGUCAUUCUGUGUAACACAACAGGAAGUGCCUCUGAAAAUGCCUGACAUUUUAAUUGUAAUACAUCUGUCACAAUUUCCCGCAUACUGUAGGUCGAGAUGAGCUGGGAAAGCUUCAAUCUUGGGGAUGUCUUUCUGUUGGAUUCUGGUAAGACCAUUAUUCAGUGGAAUGGACCAGAGAGCAACAGACAGGAGAGGCUC